ACUAAUCUCGGGGUUCAAUUAUCUUAAAUUUCCCCAUUCUUAAAAGGCCAAAAUUUUAUCUAGCCCAAAACAGCUUCCACCAAACAAAGCACCCACAACAAAAAAAGAAAUAAAACUAUUCUUUCCACUGCUUUCUCCUUUUCCUUCCAAAAAGAACCAUUCUUUCAUCAUCUUUUUCUUGUUCUGCAAGACACAAUCAAUCUCUACAUUCAUCAAAACUCAAACAUGGCUUCAUCAUAUUCAUGUUGGUGUUGGUUUCCAAUCUACUUCAUAGCAUCUGUAGCACUUGGUGUCAUAGCUAUCACCUCAGCAAUACACUCAAAUUCCAAAUCCUCGCCUGAAGUAAUCCCAUCACAAACUCACACACUCUCAACAAACGCAACAGAAGCACUCAAAAAACAAGGUUUUGUUCUUAUGGCUGAUCUUCUUCAUCGUUCACCACCAUUCUUUCUUCCACCUAAAAACUCAACUUUCUUUGCCAUCAAAGAUUCUGCUAUCAAAAACACCUCACUCCCUCUUUGGUUCCUCAAAAGUCUUCUAAUGUAUCACACUUUCACUACCAAACUCACCAUGCAACAACUCUUAAACAAGUCACAAGGAACUUGCGAAACAACCCUUUUUCGCCAAAAGAAUGCAUCACUCACUAAGGUUGAUACUUUGCAAAAAACAGUUGAGAUCAACCAUGUUUUGAUAUCAAACCCUGAUAUGUUUCUUGGUGAAGAAUUCAACAUUCAUGGUGUUCUUGGACCUUUUUCUUCUUUGCAACGUGAAGUUUUACAAGGUGGUUCUGAUUUCAUUCGUUCACCAACUUGUCCUUCAUUCAAAACCAAUUCAACAUAUGAAGUUGGUGAUUUCAAGAACUUUGUUGAAUGGAACAAGGUUGUUCAGUUACUUGGUUCAAAAGGGUAUUCUUCAUUUUCAACUGCAUUGCAUUCUGUUCUCGAAGGGAUUCUGAAAGAUUCAUCAAGUUUUGGUUAUGGUUCUGCUACAAUCUUUGCUCCUCCUGAUGUAAAUUUACUUCAUUACCCUUCUACUUUGCUUGAUAGAGCUGUGAGGAUUCAUAUUCUGCCUCAGAAAUUCACUUAUAAAGAACUCAGUUCUCUUCCUGUUAGGACUCUUUUGAAGACUUUGACGCCUCAUGAUCAUCUUGAAAUUGAUGGAGUUCUUGGUUUUAUGGAGGGUGUUCUUAUUAAUGGGAUUCAGAUUGUGAAGCCUGAUAUGUUUGUUUCAGAGAAAUUUGUUGUUCAUGGAAUUUCAAGAGCUUUUAAGAUGGCUGAGAUUACUGCUUGAGAUUACUGCUUGAAGAUGUUGAAAUUAGUUAAGGGUCAAUUUGUCACAAUAUGUGUAUAGGUUUUACAUUUUGAUGCAAUCAUGUAAAUUUGCAUCACUUUUACUUACUUUUAAAUUUGUAUCAUUUUUACUUGCAUUCUUAUAGAUGCAAUCCUAGAACAAGUAAAACCAAUUUAAUAUGUACGCCUAGUUUUUCACUUUGAUAGUUUAUGA